CCUUUAUUUGCUUUGCACCGACAGACUGGAACUCAACACGCAGCACACAGUUGUUUGUAAUAAGGGGUCACCAUGUCUAUUUCUUAUCUGUUUGGUUUAUUAUUGACAAUCCUGUUCGUUCAAGGCUGUUGGGGUGGAGAAGAAACCAAGAAUGUUAGUUGUGCAAGCCUCCGAACUGGAAAUGCUUACAAAUACUGUGUAAAGGACAAGGAAAAACCUAAACGUGUGGAGUGGCAAUCAGUGGAUUCCAAUAAGACGUCUAUGUGGCUUGCUACGUGGCUUUGCCAAAACAAAGACACUACACAUACACACAAUGUGAUUGAUGUCAGCUACUCCUGCAUCACCCUCCUGGAGUGUAUCAACGUAGACCACACUGCCAUAAGCAAUGUGACUGAGCAUUUGACCCAUUUCAUUGUGUCUGGUGCAUCAGAUGAGCCAAAGGAGCUUUUGGAGAAAGAGCCCGACAGUCAGAAUUCAAUUGCAGAUGAUGUGAAGCAGGAUGUUGACAAUGAAAACCCCAACCAUGACAACACUCACACAUGGCUCUUCCCAGUUGGUGUUGUUGCUCUCGUGCUGGCCAUUGCUGGUUCGCUCUUAGUGUUUAUUUAUGUGUACAAACCUUGGAGAGACAAACAGUGCAACCAAGGCCACAGAGAAGUGGAAGCGGGUCAGGGCAUUCCAGAACCAAACUCCAUUCCUCUGAUGCAGAAUGAGCGACGUGAUGCCAGAGACAUCAGAAAGCCUGAUGACGCUGAGACUGUUGAGGCUGUGGUUGUUCUCAGUGACCAAGGAGGUGAGCCAGGAGAGGAUAGCAGGCAGCCCAUGGACAAUGAAGAGACAGGCGCUGACACCUCUCUGCUGAAUGGAGAUGCCAGUGGCCAAGGAGUGGAGGAUGGAAAACCGUCAGACAAUGACAGAGCAGACACCGAAACCUGUCAGAAGACACAUGUUGAUUCCCCUCCACUGAAUGUACCCAAGGUUGUCAGGGUUAACAGCCAGACUGAUGACACACAGCUUCUGGGUCAACCUCAGAGCAAUGGACACGUGCCAUAUAGAAGGGAAUCACACCUGACCAAUGGGGCUCCAGGUCAGGGUGCUGGUGAGACCCCUCCUCUGAGACCCCUCCUCUGCAGAAGCCCAGGAGAGGAAGGCGGGCUAGAAGGGCAGGACAGGAAGUCAGCAGACUGUGGGGGAACAGACCCUGAAUCCUGUCAGAAGACGCAUGCUGAACCACCUCUAGUGAAUGGACACCAUGAUGUCAGGGUUAACGAUGGGACUAAGGAAGUGACUCCUGGUGCACAGAGUCCAGGACCUCCUCAGAUGAAUGGAGGACCUCCCAUGUCUAACAGAGCUGCAGAGGAGACCACUGCUCUAUUGGACAAACAGGCCUUGGACAAGGACCAAGUCACCAAACCUCCUGAGUUAAUAGAUAAAGGACCUAAUGAUAUGGAGUCAAGAAGAGGAGAACUGUAACAAGCGGUGGACGUUUGUAUAAGAAAAUAAAACCUAAUAAGUUAUGAUAAGAUACAGUAAUAUAUGAUAUACAGUACUUAAUAUAAGAUACACAUAUGUGACUAGCUUCAUCAUAAUUAGUAUUGUCAACCCCAAGACACAUUCUGAGCAGUGUGUUUUACUGCACAUUGAUUUUCAGAAAGCUCAACAGUUUAUUAAGUUCAUUCUCUAUGUGACAGGUGUAAUCUGGAUAGGUUAGGAAACGUGUUUAAGCAAAAUCAGUUCAAAUUCCAAAACAGCCCAGCCCAGAUAACUAAAAUGACAAAUUAUUAUUAUCUGAAAAUGAGUGUGACUUAUGACUGAUUAUGAUAGAGCAUGUCACAUAUUAGCUACAGUAUACAACACUGUAAUGAUAUGAAAGGAUGGUAAGAUCAUGCUUACGCUAGUAUUGUAUACUAUACAUACAAGCAAAUAUAAAUUACAUACACAUGAGAAGAUGCAUAAAACAUAAACCUCUUUAGUAGAGACAUUUCCAAGGUCCUGAGGUCUCAAUGUCUUGUGGACAUGUCAAAUAGCUAAACAUUGACCAGGUGUUAUUUACACUAUGUAUACACAAAUGUAUGUGGACACCCCUUCAAAUUAGUGGAUAUGUCUAUUUCAGCCACACCCGUUGCUGACAGGUGUAUAAAAUCGAGCACACAGCCAUGCGAUCUCCAUAGACAAACAUUGGCAGUAGAAUGGCCCGUACUGAAGAGUGGCUUUCAAUGUGGCCCCGUCAUAGGAUGCUACCUUUCCAACAAUUCAUCAAAUUUCUGCCUUGCUAGAGCUGCCCUGGCCACCUGUAAGGGCUAUUAUUGUGGCGCGUCAUUGGCUUAGCCAUGAAGUGGUAGGCCACACAAGCUCACAGAACGUGACCGCCGUGUGGUGAAGCGUGUAAGUCGCAAUCGUCCGUCCUCAGUUGCAACAUUUUACAUUUACAUUUUAGUUAUUUACCAGACGCUCUUAUCCAGAGCGACUUACAGUAGUGAAUGCAUACAUUUCAUACAUUUCAUUUCAUGCAUAUUUUUUUUUUUUGUAAAUGUAUUUAAAAAAAAUUGUACUGGCCCCCCGUGGGAAUCAAACCCACAACACUGGCGUUGCACACACCAUGCUGGCGUUGCAAACACCAUGCUCUACCA